AGCCAUCGCUCACUUGCGAUCCUUCGUUCUCCGUAAGCUGCCGCAAAAAAGCUGCUCCUUCGUCGCCGGCGAUAACCAUGCCUGUCGUGCUGUACCACAUAGUCGGCAGUGCACCAUGUGGUUUCAUCCGCUGCUUGGCCAAACAUAUCGGCGUCGAGCUGAACCUCAAGAAGCUCGAUUUCAACAAACAAGAACAGCGCGCUGAAGAGUUCCUCAAGAUCAACCCUUUCCACAAGGUACCUGCGAUUGACGACGAUGGCUUCAUUGUCUACGAGAGCAAUGCCAUCGCCUACUACCUGCUACGGAAGUACUCCCCUGAGUCAGACUUGUACCCCGCCUGCAUCAAGACGCGCACUCGCAUCGACCAGGUGCUGGCAGCAGCCAGCAGCCUCUUACACCCCCAGCUAGGGAACUUUAUCAGACCCCGAUACUCAACGGGUACCAAACCAAGCGCAGAGGAGGUGAAAGCCUUCGAAGAAAACGUACUCAAGAACCUUGAGAACCUCAUCGGAGACAGCAAGUUCGCAGUGGGUGACAAGCUCACUGCUGCUGAUCUCUGCCUAAUAUGUCACGUCACCGUCGAUCUCGAGUUUCCUUGUAUCGAGAAGGCGAAAUACCCCAAGCUGGCAGCCUACUACGAGCGUGUGAAGAGUGCGCUUCCCUAUUACGAGGAGAUCUUGGGGCCAUUUGCUGCUUAUGGCAAGAACCUAUGGGACAGGCUGAAGUACGUGACGUGUAAAUUCAAAGAAGUUGCGCACAUCGUGCCGGUGCACCGACUAGAGGCGGAGUUCCUGCAAAAGACGCUUAAAGACGUGAUUUGUGGGCUGGAAAAGAUUGGGUACCGGGUUAUGUGCGUCGUCAGCGACAACAACUCUGUGAACAGAAAAGCGAUGUCACUUCUCGAAUCACCUCCGUGUAACAGAAUUGUGUACCAACAUCCAUCAGACCCUUCAAGGCCGCUGUUCUUCGUUAUAGACCCAGUGCACAUUCUAAAAUGCAUACAAAAUAACUGGAUCAAUCAGAAGAAUGACCAAAUUUGUUUCUACUUCCCGGAGAUCCAAGGAGACACACCAGAAUCAGAGCGAAUGCAAACAGCGUCAUUUGCAACAAUCAGGGACCUUCACAGCAAAGAGUGUGACCAGCUGUUGAAAUAUGGCUAUGGACUGUCAAGAAAAGCCCUCUACCCUUCGAGUCUUGAAAGGCAGGACGUAAAGCUUGCUUUACAAAUCUUCAAUGACUAUUUACCAGAGGCGUUACGUGCUCUUGGAGCAAAGCACAACCUAUUCUCUUUCGAGGCCACGGCUACAUUCGUCGAGAUCAUACUCAAGUGGUGGAAAAUUGUAAACGUCAAAACUCCAUGGAAGGGAGAAAGGCUUAGAGAUCACUUCCAACAACCAGUGCUUUCCAUUGAUAACGAUCCAAAAAUUGACUUCUUGCACAUGUUUCUGAAGUGGCUGGAUGAGUGGAAGAACAAAGGUUUUGACAACGGUACUCUGACAAAGGAGACUCACGCUGCUCUCGAACACACCACCUAUGCGCUUGUUGAGCUCGCUAGGUACAGCUUCGAAGAGCUUGGAAUGUCAUAUGUCCUUUUUGGGAAGAUUCAGACAGACUGCCUUGAAGAUCGGUUUGGAAAGUAUAGGCAGCUGGCAGGUGCGCAAUAUCACAUCUCCAUCAGGCAGAUAUAUGAAGUCGAAAACAAGCUGCGCCUGCAGAGCACCUUGCCUACAGUUUCCCCUGACCAGCACUGGGAAUGUGUCCGAAAGCAAGUCGAGGCAUUGCUUCCCAGCAGCAACGUUGUUGUUACCAGCCAGGCUCUUACGAAGAUGCAGGACGUCGUCCCAGUCAUCGUCUACGUUGGAGGGCUUGCAAAGCGUUUGGGUAUUGAGUUGAAUGCUAAGAACUUGGACGCUUGCAACAAGGAGCACCUCAGGGAUGAAUACAUCAAGAGAGAAAACGCACUCGGUAUCACUGGCACUAUUUCACUGCUGGCGUUUAGUUGCGAAGGCAGAGCUUUUUCCACUACGACCACGAUGCCCGUCGUCCUGUACAACGUUGUAGGCAGCCCACCGUGCUCCUUUAUUCGGUCCUUAGCCAAGGAAAUAGGCAUCGAAAUAACCCUGAAGAACAUCAGGUUGAAAAAUGGAGAUCAUCUAGCCGAAGAGUUCCUGAAGCUCAACCCAUUUCACAGGGUGCCCAUGAUGGACGAUAAUGGUUUUGUGAUUUACGAAAGCAACGCCAUAGCUUUCUACCUGCUGCGAAAAUACGCGCCCACGUGCAAGCUCUACCCGGACUGCAUCAAAACCCGCGCCCGAAUCGACCAGGUGCUGGCCGCCGUUUCCGGAAACAUCCACCCUAAUGUGGCCACUUUCUUUCGUCCUCGUUUGCUUCAGCAGUCUAAACCAACGACAGAGGAAAUGAAUCACUUCGAGCAAAACGUCAUCAAUGGCUUAGAGCACCUCAUCGGCGAAGCAAAGUUCGCCGUAGGUGAUGAAUAUACCAUUGCCGAUCUAUGCCUCGUCGGCGAAGUACUUGUUGCUCUCGAGAACGACUCCGUGGACGAAAAAAAGUUCCCCAAGCUGACCAGCUACUACGAGCGCGUCAAGGCCACGCUUCCAUACUUCGAAGAGAUAUACGCACCGAACAUCGACGUCAUCAAGCGCAUGUGGAGUCAGCUAAAGUAAGGAUGAGAACCAGCCAUUACAAUACAUGAAAACCCCGGAUUCAUUUCCUGUCAGCGCGGAGACAUUGCUUGGCAAAA